AUGAUCAGCACAUCAACACUCUUACAAGAAUGGGAUUCACAAUUUCUCAAUGUAAUCACACAAGCGUACAAAACCAUGUUGAAAAGCAAUAAUAAUAACCAUGAUGAGAGCAACCACCACUCGAGUAGUGGUUGUAUCAGCGAAUGGACACUAAUGAACCAAAUAGCCGAACAGGUUGCAGAAAUAACCUCUAGUUCCUACGCAUUAAUUUUGAAAAAGGUGUAUCCUGGCCAACAUGAUCGAGCAGGUUGUGAUACUCAACCGCCGCCUUCACUGGCUGCGAUUGGUUUAGCAGGUUGGCAUCGAGUGACUGCCAAGGAUCAAAAUAUUACCAUACCCCCCAAGUUGAUAUUUCGUACACAGGGUUCACACGCAUUGUUCGUAACUGCUUUUCUUGAGAAUAGACAUGUUGUGUGCAAUGAAAUGCCACCUCGAGGGAACAAGCCAACCGCUCAUCCAGAUUUGGAGAAUGUGAUCUGUUCUCCGAUAUGCUACGGCACAGAACCCAUUGGAGUGUUAAUUAUUGCAGACAGACACGGUGGAUACAAUGAAGAAAUGACACGACCGAUGACAUGUUUAUGCAAUUCACUGGCUCAUAUUAUUAAGGUUCUUGAAUUACAUUGUGGUUCUGAAGAUUCUGAAUCAAGUGAAGAGAGUUCUGACACUCAAAGCCACACAGGAGGAAGUAAUAAUCAAUCAUGUCCUCAUCUUUCGAACAAUACAGCACGCGUGGAUAUGGAAGGAAAAUUUGAAAAAGAAAAUGAAUUGCUGAAAUCUGCUGAAUUGUCUCUGGCUCUAUUUAAAGCAGUUCAGGAUAGUAUCAUUGUGCUUGAUAAGGAUUUAUGUAUUACGUCAAUGAACCCCAGUGCUAAGGACUUUUUUAAUUAUCAACCUGGACAAAAGAAUGCUCACAUUUCAGAAUUAAUUCCUGAUAAUAUUGAGCAACAACUAUUUUGGUCAAAUUUCACGCAAAAACAGGGAAUUAUUGGGUUCAAAGGAAAAGCUCUUGCAAAGAGAAGAAUAGCAGAAAUUGCCAAUGUCUCAUCAGCCAUUCAUCCACCUCAAACCAUGACAGAAGCUAAUACGACCUAUAAUUUUGAAUAUGUACUUACACCAAUUGCACUCUCUGUGAGCAGCUUCUUUUUUAGAAAGGAACCAUACUUUGCAAUAACCAUAGCUGAUGAAUCAACGAAAGAAGAAUUGAAAGACAAAAUUAAGUUUCUUGCGUUCUUAUCUCAUGAAUUAAGAAAUCCCAUUCAAGUAAUCAUUUCUGGAAUACAUGCCUUGAUUGAUUCAGCCAAUUGUGAGGAUACAUCCGUUAUUGCAUCUCUAUACAGCUCGGUGGAGUUCAUAACCCAUUUGCUUAACGACAUGAUUGAUUUAUCACAAUUACAAUCAGGUCAUUUGAAACUGUGUGAAUCUUCGUUCAAUCUUAGAGAAAAGUUGGAACAAAUUAUGAACAUGUCGUAUUUUCAUCAAAAUGACAAGUUGAAAAUAUAUCUUUCCAUUGAUGACAAUGUACCGAACACUAUUUAUUCAGAUGCCACCAAAUUUCAACAAAUAAUCAGCAAUAUUUUGACUAACUCUUGUAAAUAUACGAAACAGGGAAGUGUUCACCUGAAAUGCUCUUUUAAUGAGCAUGUGAGCCCUCCAUUAAUUAACUUUGAAAUUUCUGAUACAGGUGUGGGUAUUGCACCGUCUGAAAUUUCCCUUUUAUUUAAUUUGUUCAGAAGACUAGAUAAGACACAAUCAGAAACAAUUGGAAGCGGCAUUGGUCUAGCUCUCUCCAAGUUAUUAUGCGACAUUUUAGGAUAUACAAUUAGUGUUCAAUCACAGUUAGGUGUUGGUACCAAAUUCACAGUGAGUGUGCCAUACAAACCUGAGGAAAAAUUGACAUGUACCCGAUUCGCAAACAAAAGUUCCCAAACGAAUACCAUUGAACACAAACGAGUUCUCUUAGUGGAUGACAAUGAAAUUAUACGAAAAUCACUAAAGAAUAUGUUACGACACUGUGUUUGUGAAGAAGCUGAGAACGGUGCUGAAGCGGUUCACAAAUGUGAAACUAACCAAUAUGAUUUCAUUGUGAUGGACGAUAUUAUGCCAGUGAUGAGAGGAUGUGACGCUAUCAGGGUAUUGCGAUGUGAAAAAGGUUUGAAAACUCCCAUUAUUGCCUUGACGGGCAACUCGUUACAAAACGAAGUAGCUGAACUUGAGAGAGCAGGUGUGGACAAAGUUUUACUUAAACCAAUCACACGGUCAGAAUUGAUGUCGGUUUUGUGCCAGUUGCUGCCAUAA